AUGUGCUUCUAUAGUCGCUUAAAUAACUCGUAUUAGCGCAUUAAACGAACAACAUGAAAUAUUGUUGCAGAUGCGCGUGUGAUGCGGUAAAACUGGCAAGCGUAACGAUAGAAAGUAUAAACGAAAUUGCGAAGUGGAUAACAGUGAAUUGUCAACAUGGCGGAUAGUGAUUUUCUCAUCACUAUUUCAGGUCCUGCUUUAUCAUUACUAUUUUACGAAAAUGUUCGUAGCCGCGGAGAUCAGAUGGGAUUUUUGCUAGGAGAGACACUUGAGUUCAUAGUGAAAACGUACACAGACGCGGACAAUCAAGUGGAAACAGUGAAGAUAUACAACAAUAUUGAAGCUAUUGUCACUUGCCCAUUGCCAGAUUCUUUGUACAAUUCAAUUGGUAAAAUUAAUAAAGAGAAAUUAAAGGAUUUUUUACAUGACAAAAGUAAGCAGGUGAUAGGCUGGUUUUGCUUCAGGAGAAAUAUAGGCUUGGUACCCACAUUUAGAGACAAAAUAUUGCAUCGAGAAUUUGCAUCCUAUUUUUCUAAUGACAAUGGUUCCAAAGAAGAGUUCUUUGUUACUUGUUUGUUAAAUUCUUCAACAAGCAGUGAAGGAGGAACUCAUAAGUUUAAACAUGUCUUCUUAAGACAAAAAAUGGGGACAUUUGAACCAGUUCCCUUAAGAAUAAAUAAUUUAGGAAGUAACUCAUUUAUACACGAAGGUUCAGAUUAUAAACCUACACCUACCAAAAAAUCAUCUGAUGUGCCAGAUGUAUUUACAAAUCUUGUAGAAUCUUUGAAUUUGGAUUUGACAAGAGCAUCUGGUUUUGAAUCUGCUAUUGCUAUACAAAAAGCAGCCGAACAGCAUUUGAGCCAGUUAAUACCAGAAUUAUGUAAAUCUGAUCUUGAGGUGGCAGAGCUAGAAAAACAAAUCAAAGAAUUUAAGCUUAACAGGAAGGCAAAAAUUAAUGGUAAUUUAAAUAACUUGAAUCAACAGUAUGAAAUUGAAAAAAAUGAGAUUAGUAAAGAAAGACAAAAGUCGGAAAAAAUAUCUCCGUCAAGAACAGAACCUUCGGGUGAUACCAAUCAGGAACGUCGAGUGAGCCAACCAAUUAUUACGCGCAGCAAACCACAAAAUACGGCAACAUUUGUCGAAAAGAAUAUUAACCAAAGCAAUUCAAGGAGGACAAACACAGAUGCAAUAAACAGCCCAAGUCAAGAACCAUCAGCUGUAAAUUCUGUUGCAGAAAUAAAGCUUGAUGUCACAGAAAGUGUAUCAAAUAAGAGUAGACGUUUCUCCAAUAUGGAUUCGGAAAUUGUGAAAGAAUCAAUCUGUAAAGGUGAAACGAAUACAAGUGGUGUUGGAAGAGGUAAAGGCAAAGUGGUACAUAACCUUCAAACAGAGUUAAAAAAGGGUAGAAGGACUUCAGGUCCACUUACUACACGAAGUAGCAGUGUAAGGACUUCACAUACUCAAGUGCCGCAACAAGAAUCAUCUGAGGCAAAUAGUGUACAAAAUACUUCCUUUCAAGUAUCCUACAGUCAGGUUCCUAAGAAAAAAGUAGAUAAUGCGCGUAAAUCAACAGAUACGACGCAGAACCAUUAA